UUGCAGAGGAACACAUCGAACCCAACGGGACUAAAAAUACAGAGGAGUGAGUUCGUGAGAGAGGGGAUUGCAAUCGCAAUUUUUUUUCGGUUUCAAAAAUAUUGGAAAAGAAAGAGUCGCCGUUUUGUAGGUGGAUCUGCUGCGUUCAUCAUCAUCAUGGACGGACAAGAUUCGGAAGACCCAAAGCAAAGCACUGCUGAUAUGACAGUUUUUGUGCAAAAUCUUCUUCAGCAGAUGCAAAAUAGAUUCCAGACAAUGUCUGACUCCAUCGUCACAAAGAUUGAUGAGAUGGGAAACCGUAUAAAUGAGUUGGAGCAAAGCAUCAAUGACCUAAGGGCAGAGAUGGGAGUGGAGAACUCGCCUGCAGGAGGUACCAAACCAGAAGAUUCCAAAGAGGAGGGUUCAGCUUAAGUGUCAUUUUCGUGUUUCAACUGCCUUAUAUUCUUGUGUCGUAUACAUCAGGAUUUUAGUACUGUUGGUUCUGUGUUUAUCAGUGGUUCAGAAUUCAUAUAUUUGCUAUGUACCUAUGAGUGCACUUUCUCCUUUGUAGUUAAACAAAAUAUCGUACUGUUCUUUUAUUAAAAAAAAAGAGUACUGAUGACUAAUUGUUUGCCAUUUCGACAUGGGAUAUGAUCAUGUGUUAUUUGAUGAGGAUAUUAUUAGCUAUUGAUU